AUGAUUCUUUCUAUUUUUCUAGUCUUUUUAUAUUUGAAUAAUUUUAUAAAUGCUGAAGAAACAGAAAAGGUAUUCCAGUUAUUUUUAAACAAUUCGAACAUUUGUUUUUUUUUCAGUUUGAUAAUGCUACCACACCACUUCCACCAUUAUCUGAUAGUGUAAAUUAUGCUGAUAAUCGUAUGAAAGCAAUUGGUGAAUAUUUCAGUGAUUUGAUGGGUUGUGGUGAUGAAGGAUGGUGUGCUUUCAGAUGGUAAUAUUUUCACAUUUGCUGUAAAUGUUUAAUUAGCAUUGUGAUUUUUAGUUGUCCAACAUCAACAACUCGACGCUUCUAUCCAAACCCAAACUACAAUACUCAACAGUAUGGUCGAAUUUUGGAGAACACUAGAAAAACACCAUACAUGAAUAGAAAUCCAGUGAUGCGAACGACAACAACAACUUUGUCACCAGCCAAACAUUGCGCCAAAGCGUGUAUGCCACAAUGUACUACGCGAUGUCUUCAGGUUAGAUGGUUUUUGAGCUGAAUAACAAAUAUUUUUUUGCUUUUGGCCACUGAUUAUUAACAUGCUAGGCAACGUUGCAUACAAGAGUACUUGAACUUUCACACAACAAAAAAGAGAGCAUGAAUUUGAAGUUUUUCGAGUGAGGAAAAGGAGUGGGGGCACAGGAAUUUUCAAAAGCCUUGUCUAUGGUUUUGCAAAAAAUUUUGUAAAAGGAAUUGGAUCCAAAUAAUUUUAUAUGUGAUUAUUGUAAUAAAUUUGGAACUAACAAGUUAAUCUGAGAACUGAUGUUUUCAAUACUGAUCUAAUUUUCAGAGAUACAAUCAAAUCGUCUCAUCAUUCAUGAACUCUCUAACCGCCAUCGAUGUUAUGGGUCAACCAGUCAGUGAUAACGCUAGAAAUAUUCGAUUCUCACCAAGAAAACGAAUCGAAUGUCGUGAUGAAUGUAUGCCAUAUUGUACACCCCAAUGUAUCGAAGCAUAUUCACACGCGGCAAAGAGAGCUGAACCAAAAGUUUGCAAGCCAGGUACAAAAUUUUCUCAUCAAAAAUAUAACGAACUUUUUUUCAGUUUGUAUGCCAGAAUGUACUGAUGAAUGUAUCACAAGUCCUCCUUUGAUGGUUCCGUGUGUUUAUGAUAAUGUUUGUCAUUGUCCAGCUGGGUAAUUUGGAUAGCCUCUUUGGGAAAUAUGUAUAACCUGUUUUCAUGUUUGUAGGUAUGUGAAAUGCAGUGAGAUGACUUGCUGUAUGAAAUACAAAACUAUGGCUGUUCGAUAUAAUAAUCGAAUGACUUCAAUGUCAUACAAUGAAAAUGAUGAAACAUUGGAAACGGUUUGCUUUUGAUUGGGAAUUUCAAAAAUACGUGAAAUUUAUUUUUUUUAGACUACCUCUAACAACAGUACUGUUUCUGCAACAACUGACGAAAAUGAGACAAGUGAGAUUUAUUUUUUUUUUAAAGACUAUUUGUUUCACUCACAUUGAGUUUUUCAGCAACUACAUCAAUUUCCUCUGACGAAGAGAGCGAAGAAGAAUCAAAAUAA